AUGAAAAUGAUGCUAAAAUCAAUUCUCCUCGCACUCGCAUUGACGUCGCUGUGUUCAGCGAAAGCCAUCAAGCGUUUAGCGGAAAACUAUGAGAAUGAAGUGCAAGCUGUCUCAGUGCAGGGUCGUCUGUUUUGUGGUUCGAAAAUAUUGAAAGGGAUUCAUGUGAAAUUGAUCGAUAGAGACCACGGUGAUGAUAAGGAUGAUCUUCUUGGUGAAGCUCAUACUGAUGAACAUGGCGAUUUUCAUAUUACUGGAGGCACGCAAGAAAGCACUAAAAUUGAACCAGCCAUUAAGAUCUACCAUGACUGCAACGAUGCUGACAAGAAAUGUCAAAAGAAAUUAUUUUGGGACAUUCCGCAUUACUACGUCACAACGAAACUCGACGCUAUUUCGGUGUUCGAUAUCGGUUCCGUCAACCUCGAGAUAACAUUUGGUAAUGAGCAACGUGACUGCCUUCAUUAA